CCUUCUGGCUUCUCUUUCGCUCGCGGCUUGCCUGCUUCAGACUGCUAGGGUUAGGGUUUCUCCGAUAUCAACGAGAUCCCCAAAUUCCCCACAUUUAACCAAAUUCUUUCGUUGAACCGACGAUGCAGCCUGCUCCUGGUGUUGCCCUUCACAACAUGCCUCACCAAGCUCCUCAGUACCAGCAACAGCAACCUCCUUACAUGAUGAUGCCGCCUCAAGCACAGCCUGUCCCUCAGAUGUGGCCUCAGCAGCCGCAGGCCGUUUCGCCUCAGGGCCAACCGCCUCAACCAGCUAACGCCGAUGAGGUCCGUACGCUCUGGAUCGGUGACUUGCAGUAUUGGAUGGACGAAAACUAUCUCUUCAAUUGCUUUGCUCAUACAGGCGAGGUUUCCUCCGUGAAAGUUAUUCGGAAUAAGCAAACUGGCCAGUCCGAGGGCUAUGGCUUUAUUGAGUUUUUAACGCGUCCAGCUGCAGAAAGAGUACUUCAAACGUAUAACGGUACCCCGAUGCCCAAUGGGGCACAAAAUUUUAGAUUGAACUGGGCAUCAGCUGGAGAAAAGCGACAGGACGACUCUCCUGAUUACACAAUUUUUGUAGGGGAUUUAGCUGGUGAUGUUACUGAUUACGUGCUACAAGAGACAUUUAGGGCGCGUUAUACCUCCCUUAAGGGUGCCAAAGUUGUGAUUGAUAGGCUCACUGGACGCACUAAAGGUUAUGGGUUUGUUAAGUUCGGAGACGAGACGGAGCAAAUGCGGGCAAUGACUGAGAUGAACGGUGUUCUCUGUUCAUCCAGGCCCAUGCGAAUUGGACCUGCCGCUAACAAGAACACUUCUGGCGGUCAGCAAUAUGCGAAAACUUCAUACCAGAAUCCUCAAGGGACUCAGAAUGAGAACGAUCCAAAUAAUACAACUAUAUUCGUGGGAAAUUUGGAUUCUAAUGUCACAGAUGAACACUUGAGACAAGUAUUCAGCCAGUAUGGAGAGUUGGUGCACGUUAAGAUACCUGCAGGCAAGCGAUGUGGCUUUGUUCAAUUUUCAGACAGAAGCUGCGCCGAGGAAGCUUUACGCAUGUUGAAUGGAACCCAAAUUGGUGGACAAAACAUUAGACUUUCAUGGGGCCGCAGUCCUUCUAACAAGCAGGUACCUCAAGCUGAUCCUAAUCAGUGGAAUGGAGGUGGAGGAUACUAUGGGUAUGGACAAGGGUAUGAAAAUUAUAGCUAUGCUCCAGCUGCCCAGGACCCUAACAUGUUCUACGGUGGCUAUGGCGGCGGGUAUGGGAACUACCAGCAACCAGCACCACAGCAGCCGUCGCAGCAACAAGGAGGAUAUAUGUAGAUGACGAAGCUGUAAUUCUUGUGUCCCGCCUCCUGCUCGAACACAAGACCCUUGAACUUCUACUUGCCAUUAGUAGAAGAUUUUGGGGAUGUUAGUCAUCUAUUCUGAACAUUCUGUAUGUGACUCUGAUGACAUGUUGUCACUUGUGUGUUGUAUUUGGUGUUAGAAGGUUUUGCGUGUCGUGUUAUUUGUUCUAUUGUAGGAUCAUAUCUAUCCAAGAAGCGAGCUGAAUUAUCGGAUUGUAAUUUUCUGAAAUCCUUGCUGAAAAAGCUCCUACAUGGGUGAAAUGCUGCUACUCCUUUUCUU